UUUGUAAAAACCCUUCACACGCGUUAAUACGAAGGAAGAAUCUCGCAGAAUUCAUGAUUUUUUUUACUUUUGGCGGGAAAUUGUCAUUUAUAAAGCGACUUUUCUACAUGUGCGGUUACUUGCGCGGUUAGACUGAAGAUUAUCUAAUACACCGAACUUCGCUUGAUAUUUGAAAAGAACAGAAACACAAAUUAAAAUGGGUAAAGAAAAGAUCCACAUCAACAUUGUUGUGAUUGGUCAUGUGGACUCUGGCAAGUCCACCUCGACUGGUCACCUGAUCUAUAAAUGUGGUGGUAUUGAUAAAAGAACCAUUGAGAAAUUUGAGAAAGAGGCUGCUGAGAUGGGCAAAGGUUCGUUCAAGUAUGCCUGGGUGUUGGACAAACUGAAGGCAGAAAGAGAACGUGGUAUCACCAUCGAUAUUGCCCUGUGGAAAUUUGAGACCACUAAAUACUACGUCACCAUUAUUGAUGCCCCAGGCCAUCGUGAUUUCAUCAAGAACAUGAUUACAGGAACCUCACAAGCUGACUGCGCUGUACUGAUUGUCGCCUCCAGUACUGGAGAGUUUGAAGCGGGAAUCUCCAAGAACGGUCAAACAAGAGAGCACGCCCUGUUGGCUUACACCCUUGGUGUGAAACAAAUGAUAAUUGGAGUAAAUAAGAUUGACAACACAGAACCACCAUACUCUGAGAGCAGAUUCAAAGAAAUAGAGAAAGAAGUAAGUGCGUAUGUGAAAAAAGUUGGUUAUAAUCCUAAAGCAGUAGCAAUUGUUCCCAUUUCUGGUUGGCACGGGGACAACAUGUUGGAACCAUCACCAAAUAUGGGAUGGUACAAGGGAUGGAAAAUAGAGAGGAAGGGUGCAGAUGGAAAGGAGGAGUCACUGACGGGGAAGACUUUGUUUGAGGCCCUUGACGCCAUUCUUCCUCCAACCCGACCUACAGACAAACCACUCAGAUUACCACUUCAGGAUGUCUACAAGAUAGGAGGAAUAGGAACUGUUCCGGUUGGGCGUGUUGAAACUGGACUGCUCAAACCUGGCAUGGUGGUAACCUUUGCUCCUGUACAACUGACCACUGAGGUCAAGUCGGUUGAAAUGCACCAUGAAGCCUUGACCGAGGCUCUGCCAGGUGACAACGUGGGAUUUAACGUAAAGAAUGUAUCUAUCAAGGACAUUAAGAGAGGAAAUGUUUGCGGGGAUUCAAAGAAUGAUCCACCAAAAGGAGCAGACAGUUUUCUGGCACAGGUCAUCAUCAUGAACCACCCAGGAGAGAUUCAUAAUGGAUAUGCCCCGGUUUUAGAUUGUCACACGGCACACAUAGCCUGCAAGUUUGCAGAAAUCAAGGAAAAGAUUGAUCGUAGAUCUGGCAAGAAGUUAGAGGAUAUGCCAAAGAUGGUCAAAUCUGGUGACGCAUGUAUGGUGACUUUAGUACCAUCUAAACCAAUGGUGGUCGAGUCCUUUGCCGAGUAUGCCCCACUGGGGAGGUUCGCUGUCCGAGACAUGAGACAAACGGUGGCUGUUGGCGUAAUAAAAUCGGUGGAGAAAACUGACAAGCAAGGAAAAACCACGAAGGCAGCACAAAAAGCAACUGGAAAGAAGAAAUGAUCUUUGGAUCUUAUUAAAUGCCUGUGGGACAGGUUGAAUGUAUAUAGACGAUUAAAGGCCAAAGUAAAAAUCAAAUGUUUGUAAUAUCAGGUUUAACAUAUUUCUUUGUAUUCUUCUGUUUAUAAUUUUCAUUUUCCUUAUGUUUGACAUUAUCAUAAUGUGAACUAUCUAAAAUUAUCAGACAUAUGCUGAUGGUCUGCAACAUUAUUGUAAUUAUUCUGCAGUUACUUAACCAUGGAGCCCAACUUGCUCCAGAACAUUAGCAAAUUGUUGUUCCAAUUUCAUUGUGCCACUUUUAAAUGGCUUUGAUUUCAUCUAAAAAAUUGUUAGUUCAUGAAUGAACUGUUAAUUGUUAAUCUAUUAGUGCUAAACUGGAAAUAAGUUCAUUGACAACAAUACUUGAUGGAACAAAGAGUAGGCUCCAAGAAUGUAAUACAUAAAAAAUUUCAGGUGCCAUUGUAAAUUUACCAUUGUCAUCUUCACUUGCCAUGUUUUGGCACAUACAAUAUAUAGAAAAUAAAACGUUAGUUAAAAACA